AUGGCAUUAUCACGACAAACCCGUAUAAAGAUACUGCUUGUGCUUGAUGUUUCGUUUUUUAUCAUAGAAAUUGUUAUCGGAUAUUGGAUCAAAUCCUUAGCAAUAAUAGCUGAUUCAUUUCAUAUGUUAAAUGAUAUUUUAAGUUUAAUAGUCGCGUUGUACGCUUUAAAGCUUGCUUCCAAAACAACCUUUUCCUCAAAAUAUUCAUAUGGUUGGCAACGGGCAGAAGUUUUAGGUGCUCUCGUAAAUGGAGUAUUUUUAAUGGCUUUGUGUUUUAGUAUUUUAAUUGAAGCAAUCGAAAGAUUAUUUGAUGUACCAGAAAUUAAAAGGCCAGAAAUCAUAUUUGGAGUUGGAUGUGCAGGAUUAUUUUCGAAUCUAAUUGGAUUAUUAUUAUUUCAUGAACAUUCUCAUGGUCAUAGUCAUUCACAUCAUCAUGAAAAGAAAACAUCGAAAUCAUCUGAUGCAAAUCCUACCGAUGAUAAUAUUGCGCCCAUAGAUGAAAUACUUGUACACCCUGUUGCUUCACGCCAGUCUAUAGUCCUAGCUGCGCAAGAAACGGCUUUAGAAGCGGAAUUAUCUGAUGAAUGUUUAUCAUCAUCAAAUGACAACUCAAUCGAACCACAAUCGUCUUCAAAACUCGAAAAUAGUACCUCCUCACAAUAUGGUGCAGUUAGCAAACAAAAAAUUCCUGAAUCACGAACGAGUACAAGCGAUCAAUCGCAUGAUCAUCAUGAUCAACAUAAUCAACGCAAACAAGGUCACAGUCAUGGAAAUAAAAGUCUUAAUAUGCAAGGUGUAUUUCUUCAUGUAUUGGGUGAUGCUUUAGGUAACAUCGGGGUUAUUGCCACCGGGUUAUUCAUAUAUUUAACCAAUUUCUCAUGGAGAUUUUACGCGGAUCCUAUUGUCAGUUUAAUACUAACGGUUAUUAUUUUCUCAUCCGCGGUGCCUUUGGUGAAAAGCGCGUCAUUUAUCCUUUUACAAGGCGUUCCCUCGGGAAUACCGAUCGAGGAUGUACGAUCAGAAAUUAAAAAGUUACCUGGAGUUUUAUCCGUUCAUGAAUUACAUAUAUGGCAACUUUCUGAUACAAAACGAAUCGGAUCGGUCCACGUGUUAUUAGCACCAUCAGCUGAUUAUGCGGAGAUAGCGGCUAACAUAAGAAAAAUACUUCAUGUUCAUGGAAUUCAUUCAUCAACGAUACAACCGGAAUAUGUUAAAAUUGGAUUAAAUGGAAAUGAUAGUGGUGAAACAAUCAUGGUUGUUGAAGGUUCGGAUAAAGUGCAAUUGGUCGCGAAUGAAGGUGAUCAUGAAACAGCCUGUCUGCUCCGUUGUAACUUGGAUCCUUCUUGUGCCGAAAAUUCAUGCUGUCCUCCAACCAAAUCACCAUCAAAAGAAACGGAAUAA